CCAAGAGCUUCAACUACAGGCCCAAUAUCGACAACUGCUUUACCAACAACAACUGCAGGACCAACAACGCCAAAUGCUGAAAAAACAACACCAACUGUAGAACCAACGACUGCAGUGCCAAAAACAACGACUACAGGACUGACGACGAGAACUGCUGAACCAACAACAAUUGCUGGACCAAGAGCUUCAACUGCAGGCUCAAUAUCGACAACUGCUUUACCAACAACAGCUGCAGUACCAACAACAACAACAUUAACUACUACCCCGGGAUCCACAACAAAGACUGCAGGACCAACAAUCCCAACUGCUGAACCAACAACAACUGCUGGUCCAAGAGCUACAACUGCAGUACACACAACAACUGUAAGAUCAUCAACAAGUGCAGUAUCAACACUGACAGCUCCUGAACCAAACACAACAAUUGCUGGACCAAGAGCUACUACCACAGGACCCACAACUACAAUGGCAGGACCAGCAACAAUAAAUGUAGCGUCAACAACCGAAGGACCAACAACAAAAACAAAUAUUAGCUCCAAUGUUGGACCCACUUCUGCUAUAACAGCAAGAACAGCUGGAAGAACAAGCACAAUUGUUGUAACUUCAACAAAUUCCAUUUCUUCAGCUACAACUAGAAGGUCUACAACUAGCCAAACGGGAAUCAUAUCUACAACUGAAGGAUCUACUGCUAUCAGAGUAGUGCCCACAUCUAUGUUGAGAACCACAUUUUCUACGACUACUAUAGUUGGACAAACAAGUCAUGCUAUAGCUCCCGCAACUACCUCUUCCUCAGUCACAAUGACUGUAACAGAAACUACCAAGCCCUCAGAGCCUACCGAGCCCUCUAUAGAAAACGAAGGGACUAUUGCUUUGAGAUUCACCAUGAGACGUACGUUUACAGAAGACUACUUAGAUCCAAGCUCGACACCCUAUCAGGAGCUGGCUGCUAAUGUUACAACAGAGGUUAACAAUGGCUUCAAACAUAGUUUUCCUGGAACAUAUUCCAAGAGUACAAUCAACUCUUUUUCUAAGGGAUCUGUCAUUGUGGACAUGACGCUGAUCUUCAACAAAGAAUCUGCUGUUCCUACUGAAAGCCGUGCAGUGCAGGUGUUGAAGGAUGCAAUAAAAGAUCUAAUCACCUUCCUCGAUGUGGACACUACUACUAUUGUUGCAGGACCAACCUCAGUAGGACCAACUACAAUAACUUCAGGACAAGCAACCACUGCCGGAACCACUUCUACUCAAGGCCAAAGUACAACUGUAGGACCAACAUCGAGUGACGCUACCACCUCAGGAGGACCAACUCCGAAAAUGACCAGCAGAACUGCUGUUUGUUUACCCAUCUUCUUUAUGUUCAUCAAAGGUCUGCUCUAAAAUAUGUAGAACCCUGAUGUAUACCAGUGUACCAAAAUGAAUAAACUUAAUCUAAUU